AUGGAAAUUUAAUCAUUUUCUCCUAUGUUAGAUAGAGUUAUGGCUCAAGAAAUAUAAUCAGUUAGUUGGAGUAAAACUAUGGAUGUUUGUGCAAUCUUAUAUAUUAAUAACUAAUUAGAAAUAUGCAGAGUAAGUGAAUAAUUACAAAGAAUGUUCAUUAUUUAAGAAGAUGAUACCAUCAGUAAUAUUAUUGUGGAAAGUAUUUACAAUUAUUAAAAUUAGGUACAUUUUUGACUUAUAAUGUUGGAAAUAAAUUAUUUAUAUAUUAAUUGGCAUCUCAUCAAAAAAUUAUUCAAUCUACUUUAAUCAAGAAUUAAGAUAAAAUCACUCAAAUGCUUCUUGUUUAAGUGAAUGUCAAAAUUAUUAAAGAAUAGGAAUUAUAACCAGCGAUAAUUCCAUUAUCUACUACAAACUUGUAAUAUAAUUUUAAUAUUAAUAGAAAAAAUUGGUAAAAUCUUUAUUUUUUAAAAUAAUCAUAAAUAAAUAAUAUCAUAUUCUCUUUAACUAAUAGAUAGAUUGCUUAUAAUUUUAAUGGGAUAUUUCAUUUAGGAGAAAUAGAACAUAAAAAUAUAAUUUAAUUAUAAUAAUUAGAAAAUGAAUUGCAUUGUUUUUCAGAUUCAAAUAUUGAAAUUUAUGAUAUUAGUUUAAUGAAACAUUAAUAAAUUUUAGUAUAACAUUUAUUUUAUCUAGAAAUACAUUUAAUAAUUAAGUUAUUUAAAUGAACUAUUUUGUUUUUUAAAAACAUCAAUUUUAUAAAUAAAUACUCAAUUACAAGAUAUAUUCAAAUGCUAUCAAUUAAACAUAAUAGGUCCAUUGUUAGCAUUUGGACCUUAAGAAACAAUCAAUAUCAAUAUAUUACAAUUUUAUUAAAAAGGAAAUUGUCCACAAGAACUUGUUCAAUUUUUUCAAAAGGAAUUGUAUAAUACAAAAAUUUUAUAAAAAAUGGAUGAUGUAAAUAAAUAUAAUUAAUUUAAAUUAAGAAUAUCACAAACAGUUUUAAUAAUAUAUAAGAAAUUAUUUAGGAUUCAUUGAUGAAUGUCUUAUCAAGAAUAUUAAUCAUUCUUAAUUUCUUUAUUUAAACAAAAAAUAUGUAAAAAUAAUAAAUUGAUAUUUUAUUAGGCCCUUUUAUUAAGGUUUAAAUAAAACUCCUUUUGAAGAAUUAUAAUAAACAGUCUAAAAGAUUUAAAAAUUAUAUAGCAGAUUUUAAAUAGAAUGUCAUUAAACUAAAUUACAUUUAAGAAACUUUUUUGUUUGGUUAAAUUUAUGUGCAAUAAAAUCAGGAAAUGAAUAAGAAGCUGAAUGUGAGAAUGUAAAUUCACAUCUAAAUAAAAUAGAAGUAGAUCUAUCAAAAUUAUUUGAUUUUUUAAAAGAUAAUCACUUAUUUUAAUUAAGAAAUUUGUAAUGUUUCUAUUAAGGAAAAAUAUGUAUAUUACAAAUUUCAUUUAAAUAGCACCAAAAACAUUUUUUACUAAAGUUGUAGUAUAGAAAAAUAUAGAGUUUGAAUAAACAGAAAACAUUACAAAGAUUUUAUAAAAUAUAUUUAAAGAUAGUUAUAUGGAAUAAAUUUAAUAAAAUAAAAAUAAUAUAGAAUCUGAAGAAUCUUUUGAAACAGUCAAUUCAUUAGUUAGAGAAUUAUAAAAUAAUUUAGAUAAAAUUGCAAUUAAUUUGAAACCUAAAAUUAUAAACAAAAUCAACAUUAAUCUUUCUGGUUAAUUAAUCAGAUUUUCUGAAGAAUCAGAAAAUUCAUAUUUUGUAUCAGUAUUAAUAGAUAAUACCAUUAUUUAAUAUACUUAUUAAUAAAAGAGUUUCUUCCAAUUUAAUAAGAUUUAACUCAAUAAUAAAUAUAUUAAAGAGUUAUAAUAUUUUUAAGGAAAACUAAUCAUUUUAAGUACAAAUAAAUAAGAAAAUUAAUAAAAUCUCUUAAUGAGAACAUAAUAAUAAAAAGAUGAAGGAUUAUUUAAUUAAAUUUAAUAGACAGCAUAUAUUUCAACAGAAGAUUUGUAAACUCAAAACAAAUUUGAAUGUCACUCAAUCAAAGAUCUCAAAGUUAGUAAAAAAGGAUUAAUAUCAAUUAUAAUAGAUUCUAAAAAAUUGAUUAUUCUUUCCAUUUGA